AUGGAAAAUAUAUCAGAAUAUAAAUAAAUAAAUAACAAUACAUAACAUUUGGUUGUAUUUUUUAUAUUUUUUGCAUUAUUAAUAGGAUGUUUAUUUAGAGGAAUAAAUAAAUCAACCAAAAUACCAUAUGCACCAAUGUUAAUAGUGUUUGGAAUAUUAAUAUCAAAUUAUCGUUCUUACUUAGGCAUUAUUGGUUAAAGUUUAUUAUUAAUAAGUAAUAUAAAUCCACAUAUGAUUUUACUUAUAUUUAUUCCAGUUUUAAUAUUUGAAGCAGCUUUUAAUAUAGAUUGGUUUGUAUUUAAACGUACUUUAAAGAAUAUUUUAAUAUUAAGUGUUCCAGGUGUAUUUAUAUAAUCUAUAAUGUUUGCUAUUUGUAUAAAAAUAUUCUUAAAUCAUGACGAAAUUUCCAUAUAUGGGUCUUUGGCAAUGGGUUCUAUUUUAUGUGCAACAGAUUCUGUUGCUAUUGUUGAUCUUUUAAAGGAAUUAGGUGCUUCAGUCAGAUUUAAUACACUUUUUUAGGGAGAAAGUCUGCUAAAUAAUGGUACUGCGAUGGUUUUUUAUUAGGUUUUUAUUAAUUUAGAUAAAGGUAAAAGCUUUAAUUUUUUCGAUGUGAUUUUCAACUUUACCUAUGUUUCAAUAGGAGGUCCUAUUUUUGGAUUAUUAAUGGGUAUUUUAGGUAGUUAUUGGAUUAGAAGGAUUAUUAGAGAUGACGUUGUGACGUGUAUGGUUAGUUUUGUCAUAUGUUAUAUUUGCUUUUUUUUAGCCGAGUAUACUUUUUUAGGUGUUUCGGGUAUACUUGCAGUAUUUAUUUUAGGGCUUUUUAUGUCAGCUAAUGGAAAGACUUAAAUACGCCCUUAAAGUGAAUAAAGUGUAUAUACAGUGUGGAGUUUUGCCUAAUAUGGGUGCGAAACUUUAAUUUUUAUACUUGCAGGUGUGCUUAUAGGAAUUAAUGUGAUAGAAUAAAGUACUAUUGAAAACUGGGAUUGGGUAAGGUUGGCUUUUUUAUGGGUUUUUUUAGUUUCUAUUAGGUAUUUUAUGUUUAUGGGUUUUUUGCCAGUUCUUUAGAAAAAUGGAUAUUAGAUUUCAUAAGAUGAAGUGUAUCUUUUAGUCUGGGGAGGAUUAAGAGGUGCAUUAGGAUUAACUAUAUCGUUAAUUGUUUUAGUAGAUGAAGAAAUUUAAAGUAGUAGAUUAAAAUAAAUAACAGUUUUUUAUAUGGCAGGAAUUAGUACUAUUACAUUAGUAAUUAAUGGAACUACUUGCGGUAUUUUAGUUGAAUAUCUUAAUGUUAUUGAAUUUCCUGGUAUACGUAGGAAAAUUCUAUAAAAUUCUAUAAAAGAUAUGGUUUCUGCUUGUGAUGAAAAGAUGAAAUAAUUAAAGACUUAUUAAUUUCUUGAAAUGGCAGAUUGGGAAAAAGUCGAGAAAAUAUCUGGUUUAAUGGAAAUAAAAACAUAAAAUAUAUAAUAAGAAGAUGUAGUUUAGAGUUAAAGAAGAAGUACUUAUGGAGGAUUUGAAAAAAACGAGAUUUUGACAGAAAUAAGGUUUAGAUUAUUAAGAAGUUUAAAGUCCUUGUAUUGGGAAUAUUAUGAAAAUGGAUAAAUUAGUGGUAACGCAGUUAAAUUAUUAUAAGAAGGAAUUAAUAUAGCCUUAGAAAAUACAUAGAAUGAACUAAAAUAAUUAUGGGAUUUAAUAUAUAUUAAUUUUACUAAUUUUUCUACUUUAGAAAUAAUGUUUGCUAUAAAUAAUUGGUUUAUUAUAGGUGGUUUUGCUAAAACAUAUAUUACUCAUCAUUUAACUUUUGUAUUUGAAGUUGUUUAGACAUUUAUUAUAUGUUCGAAAGAAAUUGAAGAAAUAUAAAAUUUUUUACCUUUAAGGAAAGAUUUUAUUGAGAAAGUUAAUUAAGAACUUCAAUUUGGAGUUAUAUAAGCUUAAAAAUAUUUAGCUGAAUUAUCUAAUAAUUUUCCCCAAAUUUUGAAGUCAAUACACACGAAAAGGGCGGCUUGUUCUAUUAUUGAAUACUAGAAGAAAUUUUUACUGCAUUAUAAGUCUAAUGGCUAUAUUGAUGAUUAAGACUAUAAAUAAUAUUUAAAAAAAAUCGAAAAGAAAGGUGUUAGAUUGGAAAAUAUGUCUUUUGAUUGGAGCCUACCGACUUUUUAGUCUAUUCUUUUAUAAUUUCCUAUAUUUUCUUUAUUGUCUCCUUUAUAAUUAUAGUCUUUAUAGAAUAAUUAAAUGAUAAAAAAUUUCAAGUAAGGGGAAGAAAUAUACACUAAAGGUUAGCCUUUUAAAAGUAUUUAUAUAAUCUCUAAAGGAACUGUAAAAGAAAUCAUUACAAAAGAUUUUUGGAUUAGUGUAGGAAUUGGAGGUUUUUUAAGUUAUGCACAUUGUGUUUGCGAAAAUGAUGAUUUUUCAUUUUGUUCGGCAGUUGCAUUAACUGAUGUAAUGGUAAGUUGUAUCCCUUUUAGUAUUAUUUAAGGGAUUAUAAGGUAAAAUAGAGAAUUUGAAUAAAAAAUUUAUGUAAAGGCAAUGAUUUAUUUCGUUAAAGUAUACUAAGAAUAGGCAGGACCAUUAAAAAUGAUGAAUGAAAAUACACUUUUUGAAUAUUGCGAAAAUGCAAAAUUUUUAGUUUUAGAAAAAGGAGAGGAAAUUGUAUGCGAAUUUGGAGGAUAUUUAAUUACUGGAGGAGUAAAGAAAAAUUAAGAAAUUGAAGAAAUUUAGGAUUUUACAUAUUUAUAACCGUCUAUAUUAAAAAUCUAGGUAAAUAAAAAUAGCUAUUUAAUUAAGUUUUAAACUUUAAUUAAUUUAAGAACAUCUUAUUUAGGGUAUUUUUAUUAAAUUUUUAAUGUUUUAUAUUUUAUAUAUUUUUAUAGAGAUAGUAUGUAGAAAAUAAAUAAUACAGAAUAAGAAUUGUAGAAUGUUAUUACGAUAUAAUAAUAAUUUUGA